AUGGAUCUCAGCAAACGCUGCGGCAGCCCUGAAUCCCCCAAACGCAAGAAACGGAAAACGAAACAUGCUUUGAGACCCAGAUCAGCUUCAGCUCCAGCUCGAUCUAGAGUUCCACGGCCUGAGACUCCUCCUGAACCCAAGGCUAAAGACCCAUUGACGAAGGAAGCCCUUGAUGCAUUGAAUAAAUUCGUCAUGGCUAAUCCUAGUGCUGAGGCCUUGAAUGAACGCGAGUCAGGGCCAAAGAUGAAGCUUCUCUAUGCCCCUGACUACUUCAAUGCAUGUGACUUUGUUGCACAAUGCGAAAUGCAAGAGAUUGCUGACAAUGGAGGCUUUGAUAUGUCUGGCUUGAGAAUCGCCUUGCAUGACCGGACUCAUGACUAUGCUUGCAUUGAAGUUCCAAAGGGUGACGAAGACUAUGCCGCUGAACAGUUUGCGGAUGACGAGGACGACGGAGCUGUCUGCGAAGACGGCAAAUAUGGCAAAGAUCAUGAUAUCCAGGUUGAAGGCGCUAUUGAUAUUGAAGGCAAUAUGGUUGGCAACCGCGCUAUCGAGCUUGCUUCCAGGGAGGCCUGGCUUGGGGCUCACGGGCUGGUCCUGGACACUGCCGCAGAUAGAAGAUUUGAGCUUCGUCCUGCUACUAGGUCACCAUCUCCAGAGUCUGAUGGUGAAGAUGAUGAACCCGUCGCUGGAUUGCCAACCUAUUUUGGCGAACCAGUCGACUUGAACCUGAACGACUAUACCAAGGUUCGCCUUGCAAUCGAAGAAACCGCUGUCAUCAUGAGGGGUUUUUUCCGUCUGCAGAUGUCGGAGAAUGAGAACGAGGACUAG